GGCCGGGAUAUCUAUGGGGCGAAACGAGAUGCAAUGAACCCGAGAGCGAGCGAGACAGCGACGAGCGCGGCGGACACGCACCGGAGCUGCUCCAUGGGGGACCGGCCGCAGUAGGAGCGGCUGCCCCCGGGUACGAUCCGCCCCUGUCCCCCCCUCGGGCCUCUGGAGGAGGAUGGCGACAGCGGCCGCCCCGACCCAGCUGGAAGCCGAGCUCUACUACCUGAUCGCCCGGUUCCUGCAGUCCGGACCCUGCAGGAAAUCCGCCCAGGUGCUGGUGGAGGAGCUGGAGGCGCACCAGCUGAUCCCCCGCCGCCUGGACUGGCAGGGCAAGGAGCACCGGAGGCGCUUCGAGGAUCUGGUGGCAGCCAAUACACACAUCCCUCCAGACUAUCUUCUGAAAAUCUGUGAGAGAAUUGGACCCCUCUUAGACAAAGAGAUCCCACAGAGUGUUCUUGGAGUGCAGACUUUACUAGGUGUAGGACGGCAAUCUUUGCUAAGGGCAGCAAAAGACUGCAGGCAUACGCUAUGGAAGGGAUCUGCAUUUGCAGCUCUUCACAGAGGCCGACCUCCCGAACUACCUGUAAAUUAUGGGAAGCCACCAAAUGUGGUAAAUAUAAUUUCUGCCAAGCAAUUAACUGGAUAUGGACGCUUCAACCAUUUAUUCCCAUCAUCCAACUAUCAACAUAUGAAGAUGCACAAGAGGAUUCUGGGGCACUUAUCAUCAGUAUAUUGUGUGGCAUUUGACCGCAGUGGGAGACGAAUUUUCACAGGCUCAGAUGAUUGUUUGGUGAAAAUUUGGGCUACAGAUGACGGUCGUCUGCUCUCAACAUUGCGAGGACACUCGGCUGAAAUUUCUGACAUGGCUGUUAACUAUGAAAACACAUUGCUGGCUGCAGGCAGCUGUGAUAAGGUAGUCAGAGUAUGGUGUCUUCGAACCUGUGCACCAGUUGCAGUGCUGCAGGGCCAUUCAGCUUCCAUUACGUCCAUACAGUUUUCUCCAGCAAGAAAAGGAGUAACCCGAUACCUCACUUCUACUGGUGCUGAUGGAGCAAUCUGUUUCUGGCAGUGGCAUGCCAAUACAAUUAAAUUUAAGGAUCGCCCUGUGAAAUUUGCUGAGAGAUCCAGGCCUGGGGUUCAGAUAUCUUGUUCAUCUUUCAGCUCCGGUGGCAUGUUCAUUGCAACAGGUAGCACUGACCAUGUGAUAAGAAUAUAUUAUUUGGGCUUGGAAUCGCCAGAGAAAAUUGCUGAGUUAGAGUCCCAUACGGACAAAGUAGUUGCAGUUCAGUUCUGUAACAAUGGUGACAGUUUAAGAUUUGUCAGUGGGAGCAGAGAUGGAACCGCAAGAAUAUGGCAAUACCAGCAGCAGGAAUGGAAGAGUAUAGUCCUGGAUAUGGCUACUAAAAUGACAGGUAACAGCUUGGUAUCUGGGGAGGACAAAGUAACUAAACUGAAGGUUACUAUGGUGGCUUGGGAUCGAUAUGAUACCACUGUCAUCACUGCGGUCAACAACUUCCUUUUGAAAGUAUGGAACUCGACCACGGGACAGCUUCUUCAUAGUUUAUCUGGUCAUGAUGAUGAAGUUUUUGUUCUUGAAGCACAUCCAUUUGACCAAAGGAUCAUGCUUUCUGCAGGUCAUGAUGGGAACAUUUUUGUUUGGGACCUUGACAAAGGAACAAAAAUUCGCAAUUACUUUAACAUGAUUGAAGGCCAAGGCCAUGGUGCUGUUUUUGAUUGCAAAUUCUCACCAGAUGGACAGCAUUUUGCCUGCACAGACUCACAUGGGCAUCUGCUAUUAUUUGGGUUUGGAUGCAAUAAAUAUUAUGAAAAGAUUCCAGAUCAGAUGUUCUUCCAUACGGAUUAUCGACCACUGAUCCGUGAUGCUAAUAACUAUGUGCUGGAUGAACAGACCCAACAGGCUCCACAUCUCAUGCCUCCUCCAUUCCUGGUGGAUGUGGAUGGAAAUCCACAUCCCACAAGAUACCAACGUCUUGUACCAGGACGUGAAAAUUGUAAGGAUGAACAACUUAUUCCUCAACUGGGAUAUGUGGCUAAUGGUGAUGGUGAAGUGAUUGAACAGGUGAUUGGGCAGCAAACCAAUGACCACGAUGAGAGUAUUCUGGAUGGAAUGAUUAGGGAGCUGCAGAGAGUACAAGAUCUGAGGAGACUGAAUGAAGGAGAAGCUAUCCCCAACCCUCCAUACAGUAGAUCACACUCUAUUAAUGGUGCUCUUAGAAGUCCAGGUUUGGACUCCCCACCAAACGUUGGUCUCAGACGUAGCGGUCAGAUUGAGGGGGUCCGGCAAAUGCAUCUCAAUGCUCCUCGCAGUCAGAUGGCCACAGAGAGAGAUCUCAUGGCCUGGAGCAGAAGAGUAGUGGUGAAUGAGCUGCAUCCAGGGGUUAGCAGGGUUCAGGAAGACUGCCGAGCUGCCAAAGGUGAUAUGGAAGUUAAUCUUUACACUGUUGAAAAGAAGAGAAAACCAUCCCACACCUUGCAAAGGAGCGAUUAUCAACCUGGGAGUGGACGAUCUUUGAGAAGAAACCAACGCAAACGCCAGCAUGCCUACCAAACACGCUCCACCAUUGAACACAAUCAGCAGGGAGCAAGUCAAAAUGCACGCACAAAGGACGAAUCUGAAAGCUCCUCUGAGGAAGAUGAAACAGUUGGCACAAGCGAUGCCUCUGUGGACGACGCUGUAGCUGUGUGGCAAAGUGAAAGCAGUUCCAGUGAUUCUUCAAGUGAAUAUUCUGACUGGACAGCAGAUGCUGGAAUUAAUCUCCAGCCUCCAAAGAGACAAACCAGACAGGCGACUCGGAAGAUCUGUAGUAGCUCUGAAGAUGAAAACAUGAAGGAAACUAAAGGAUUGGAAGAGAAACGAAGGAAACCCAAACAGACUAGAAAAAAGAAACCAAGUGGAUUACUUUCGAUGGAAGGUGAACCCAGUGAAGAAUGGUUUGCACCCCAGUGGAUCUUGGAUACCAUACCACGUCGUUCACCCUUUGUCCCACAAAUGGGAGAUGAGAUUAUAUAUUUUAGGCAAGGCCAUGAGGCUUAUGUGCGGGCAGUAAGGAAGGCAAAAAUUUACAAUGUUAACAUGCAAAAACAACCAUGGAACAAAAUGGAACUCAGGGAACAAGAACUUGUGAAGACUGUAGGAAUUAAAUAUGAAGUCGGACCUCCUACACUCUGCUGCUUGAAGCUUGCAUUUCUAGAUCCAAUCUCAGGCAAAAUGACAGGAGACUCUUUUUCCAUUAAGUACCAUGAUAUGCCAGAUGUUAUUGAUUUCCUUGUGCUGCAUCAGUUUUAUAAUGAAGCCAAAGAAAGGAACUGGCAGAUUGGGGAUAGGUUUCGCAGUAUAAUAGACGAUGCUUGGUGGUUUGGAAUGGUGGAGAGUCAGCAGCCUUUCCAGGCAGAAUAUCCUGAUAGUUCCUUCCAGUGCUACAGCGUUCACUGGGACAACAACGAAAGAGAAAAGAUGAGUCCAUGGGACAUGGAACCAGUUCCAGAAGGAACUGCUUAUCCAGACGAGGUUGGUGCUGGAGUUCCCGUGUCCCCAGAGGAACUGACAUCUCUGCUGUAUAAACCCCAAGAAGGAGAAUGGGGGGCCCAUUCCAGAGAUGAAGAAUGUGAACGAGUUAUUAGGGGAAUUGAUUAUCUUCUGACCCUUGAUAUUUCUAACCCCUUUGCUGUUCCAGUGGACCUUAGUGCCUAUCCCAUGUAUUGCACUGUAGUUGCUUACCCAACUGACCUCACCACAAUCAGGAGGAGACUUGAAAACAGAUUUUAUAGGAGAAUCUCAGCAUUGAUGUGGGAGGUUCGAUACAUCGAGCAUAAUGCUAGGACUUUCAAUGAGCCAGAUAGUCCUAUAGUUAAAGCCGCCAAAAUUGUAACGGAUGUCUUACUUCGCUAUAUUGGGGAUCAGAGUUGUACUGAUAUAUUGGAUAUAUAUAAUAAAGUGAAAGCAGAAGAUCUAAGCAGUACUGAUGAAGAGGAGGAGAUACCCUGGGAUCCACAUUUACUUGGCAAACCUCGUGGCUUAUUGCUCAGGGCAGCAAAUCCUACUUCUCCCCAGCAGAACAAUGUGAGAAUCUCCACAAGGGCUCACCAUGGAGUUUUCCACCCUGUGGCAGAAGUAGAUGUAGAUUCAGAUGGGCCUGGAACUUCAUCUGGGAAAAGAAGAGUAAGACGACCAAUAAAAAGGCAGCCCUUCAAAGCAAGCCCUGAUGCUUGGAAAGAACAGUGCAAGCAGUUGUUAAGCCUAAUAUAUGAACGUGAGGACUCCGAGCCUUUUAGACAGCCAGUUGAUCUCUUCUCCUAUCCUGACUAUCGAGAUAUUGUAGACACUCCGAUGGAUUUCAGCACUGUGAAAGAAACUUUGGAAGCAGGAAAUUACACCAAUCCUCUGGAAUUUUACAAGGAUAUUCGCUUAAUAUUCUGCAACUCUAAAGCUUACACACCUAAUAAAAAGUCACGGAUCUAUAGCAUGACGCUUAGACUAUCUGCCUUAUUUGAAAAUCAUAUUAAAAACAUCAUCUCUGCAUACAAGUUGGCCAUGCAGUGUCGGAAGAGGAAUAGGCCACGCUAUCGAAAGCGACUAAGGAGCAGUAGUAGUUCGCCAUCUAGUAGCAGAGCAUCCAGCCCUAAAGGGAAACAGAAACAAGUGAAGAUGCAACCUAAAAUCAACCAGAAUACCUCACUGCCUUUGACUAGGACUAGCUCUUCAGUUUCAUCUCAUGUUUCAGAUACUACAGAGGAGGCUCUGGGUUCAGCCAUUGGUGAAGAAACUGAAGGCCAACCAUCCUCAUCUGGGUUAAAUACACAGAACCGAAGUGGAAAUAACAUUGAUCCAGGGAAAAAUAGACUAGUCAGGAGUAAAUCCACACCAGUUAAACAAGAUCAGUCUCUUGAUGGACCACUUACAAAUGGUGAUAGCAGAGAGCCUCGGAUAGCAGUCAAGCGGAAGCUAGUAAGUGCCUCAGAAGAGGAGGAACACCUAGAGGAAGAGGAGAAGAAGAGAGAAUUAAAAGAAAAACCUGGUUUAUCUUCAUCAGAAAGUGGGGAGUCAGGAUCCGGUUCAAGCUCUGAAAGCAGAUGUGGCUCUGAUUCAGAUUCUGAAUCAACCUCUAGAACAGAUCAGGAUUACAUUGAUGGAGAUCAUGACUACAGUAAAGUUGUGCAAACUAAACCCAAAAGAAAAAUUAAAAGGAAAAUUGCUAGUGGGAAAAGAAACUGGCAGGGCAGAGGGACAGGGAGGAGAGGGAGAUGGGGCAGGUGGGGUAGAUGGAGCAGAGGGGGAAGAGGUGGCAGAGGAGGAAGAGGAGGCUGCGGCAGAGGAAGAAGAGGAGGCAGGGGAGGAAGAAGAGGCAGAGGAGGUAGAGGAGCUUCACGAGGAGCAACCAGAGCCAAACGUGCACGAAUGGCAGAUGAUGAAUUUGAGAAUCUGUUUGGCGGCCGAUUUGGCGAGAAUAUGUUUGGAGGGCGAUUCAGCAGGCCACCACGAAUUAAAACAAGGAACGAAGGCAGGCGAACUGUUUUAUAUAAUGACGAUUCAGAUAAUGACAACUUUGUGCACACCGAGGAUCCUCUGAAUCUUGGUACUUCCAGAUCGGGCAGGGUGCGGAAAAUGACAGAAAAAGCCAGGGUCAGCCAUCUCAUGGGAUGGAAUUAUUGACAGAGAAACAUCUUUGAAAAAUUUUCAAAUGAACUUCAAAGGCCUUCUACUGCAGGGAUUUCACCAGAAAAUCUACCAAGCAAGUUGUGGGGGGACUCCACUCACUUUCUACAGUGGUGCUUUUCCAUUAUGCCAGUAUACAUUUGUUUUAAGACUUCAGAUUGCCACACUUCAUUGGUCAAAAAAAGCCUUACUUAAUAGGCCUUAAAUUACAGAAAUUCUUCCCCACGCACUACACGUUCAUUUUGUUUCAAGGAGCUUCCAGCUUCUCAAUAAUAGCAUGACAUUUUGAAUCAUGAUUAUGAAAUCUCUCCCUUGUUUUUUUUUUUUGUAUUAUAGAAAUAGCACCUUCUUACAGAGUUUUUAUAUGGUUUGUCAUAAAUCCUUAUACACAGUAAUAAUUAUAACUUUUGCACAAUACACCAAUCCUAAAGGCAGCUAUAAAAUGUUUACCGUUUCUAUAUUGUAAGAAGGAUCUGGAUUAUUUUAAUCUUCCCAGGCCAAACUUUCAUGAAUUGUGCUGAACUGAAGUAUGUUUAUACUACAGUUUAGGAGGGUUUGAAAUGCUUUCUGUUGGUUUGUAAUUCAUGUAAAAAGUGAGAAAAGGGUUGGUGCCUUGUAAAUAUGUAGCAAACCUUUGAUGUGGUGUGUCCUAAUGUGUGCAUUAACUUUAUUAAAAAGAGAAUACUUGAGAAGUAUGAAUAUCUAGACAGAAGGUGCCAAAUGCAAAAGUUACUUGCAUCUAUUUUCUUUUUGUCCUCUCAUAUUUUUAUAACAUUGAUAGAGAUUGUGCAGCAAAGGGUUAAUUUCAACAUUUGAAAGGUUUCUCCUCUUCAAAGCAUUACAUGUCUUAAUAGUAGCGCAGCUACCUCUGUCUACAACUACUGGAAACUUAAAAGAAAAUAGAUGUUAUUCUGCAGUGCUUAUUGAAGAAGAGGCAAGAAUGAGUAUAGCAGGGAUGGAAUUGCUCAAAUUGUGAAGUAACCAUUUCUUCAUCAUAUUGACAUUCUGAAACAAACCUUAUUGUAGCUAUCAACGCUUUCACAAGCCUAAUAUACUUUUAGCAGAUGGUAAUUUGUUGGGCAAACAGCCAGUAGGCGCUCUCACAUUUCUGGUAUCGCUUAUUCAAUGAAAUUCUGUGUUUCUGUUUUUAAUUUGAUUAUUGAAACGUUCAGAGAAACCUAAAUUGAGCUAUCGUGUCUCUACUGGCUACUCGUAUUUUUGUAUCAUUACUGAUAAGUUUCCAUUCAUAUCAUUGACAAGAGUCCUUGUAGCUCAAGCUUCCAGAAGAGAAUUCACAUCCUACUGUACUCUUACCUUCUAAAUGUUGCAUUGAAAAAUAAUAACUUGCACACUGAGGUAAUUCUGGCAGUAAUACAGUAUGCAAUGCUAUGAGGGAAAUGUAGGGUUAGGAGAUUACUCUGUAUCUUGCUCUUCAGACUGAGUGACUGGCUGUGUUUAAUUAAUUGGAACAUGCUUGUUCUUGUGGAGUGAGAAGGAGAGUUGCAGCCUUCUACUUUGUAGGGUCCAGUUAAGAUUUGUGGGACUCUGUCAUGUUACACCAAGGAAGAGACACCUAGUUGAAUUGAGCUAGUGAGUCACUGAUUACAUGUGGAGAAACGGGGUGAGAGAGGAGGUUUGGAAAUCGAAAUAAAUGAGGGAUGCAAUUCUGAAAUUUCUUGCUCAAUGUGCAACUUCUAUCACUUUGUCAAUAAUUCUGGAAAACCUGGGCGGGGGGGAAGGAAUAGUGAAGUGUAUAUUCUCAUACAUAAAUAGAUUUGGUUCUGGCCUUUUUUCUAUGACAGACAUUAGCAGGCUGAUCACUCUUUGCAACAGUUCUAGUCAGGUGCAAGAUAACUGGAACAAAUGCUGUGAUGGUCGUCAGGCUUGGGAGUGGGGAGAAGAAAGCAGUCUAAGUAGUAUAUGGUAAAGAUCUGAAUUUAUGGUACAGUAAAAAUCUCUCAAACUUUUUGUUACAGUCAUUGUCCUGAUUAUACCAAAACUAAUUUCUGGGCAUGACUCAGAUACUCCAUUUAACAAAGAAAUGGAUACAGAGGAUCUCCUAGCGCUGUAUUGGGCUUUAAAAUACAAAUGCCUGUCCUAUCAUUUCUUACAGUAUGUAUUCUUCUCUAGAGUUAUUGGUCCCCAUAUCUAUGUAAUCAGGAAAAGCAUGGAUAUGUCAGUUCCCAGACAUAACCAUACACAUUUUAGAUCAAAGUUCUUUUCAACCAAUAUAAAUGCUAAGAUUCCUAUGCUAAAGUCCUGAGAUUCUGAAGAAAUGCUAUUCAUAUGUUUCUGGCUGGCUGAAGCUGUAAUUAUUAAUUUAUUGGGGGGGAGGAGGGAAAAACAUGGAUUCCUGAAAAAAAUCAUGAUUUCCUAAGUUUAAAUGUAUUUUUAGCAACAAUUAGAAUAAGAGUAAAUAUGUUCUUAAAUGUAUCUUUUAUAUGUAAUGAAGUACUGUGAAGAUAACAGUAAAACGGCACUUUGCUGUGGUGUAAGUAUUAAUCUAAAAUGUGUUAUGUGAUUAAGAGCCAGACAGCAGGGUGUGCUAGAACAACAGAUCUAUUGCUUAUUGUAAAGAAUCCGAGAAUUUUUUAUUUUAUUUUAUUUUGUGCAUGAAAACCUUUUUAUAAGCAUGAAAGAAAUAACUUAUAUUUUUGAAUGCUAUUUUUACUUGAUUUCGUAUCUGGAUUUUUUUUUCCAAUUUAAAUAUUUGAUUUCUCUCGCAGCCUCACUCUGUGGAUGAAUUAUAAUUUGUAAUAAGUUGGACACUUUUUUUUUUUUAACUCAGACGUUAAAUUCAAUUAGAAGCCACUUACUUAAAGCUGCAUGACACUUGAUUUUACCCUGACAGCUGCAGCAGGAGCAAUGAAACAAGAAUAGCCCUUGCACCAAAAGGGUUGCAACCCAGUCCUUCAGACCCCAGUCCAAAACUUCUGUGCCUAUGUAAUGCCUCAUUGAAAUCAAUGGGUUCCAUGCAGGCACAGAGCUCUGUCCACCCCGAGUUCAUUGCAGAAUCAUCAGCAUUGUCUGUAUUCAUACAGUUUUAACCAAAAGUAACUUCUGUUUGUAUCUACUCUUUAACACUUGUGUAUGAAGGUGAUUUGAGCAUAUAUUUAAGAUACAAAUGGCUAACAAAAUCCGUAGUCGGGCUGUAGAUUGCUGAUAUUUAGUGAAUAUUCAAGUACUGGUGCUUCAAGGCUUUCUCCAGGAAUAGGUAUGAAUGAAUGGUCUCACUCCCUAGUGUCAGCAGUUCGAGGGCAUCCCAUUACCAGCCUUAGGAAACAGGACUGCAAAUACAGCCACCAGCCAGCAGUAACAUGUGAUUUGUGGGUGUUGGAGGGCUCCUUUGGCCCCCACCACCCACACACUUUCAAGAGCGGGGAGCUGAACGUUUGAGUGUGUGUUUGAUUCUCGUGUGUUUUGAAUACCAGCUUACUACCUCUGGAGCACGCCCAGCUCCUGCAGGCCCAGGGUACACAGGCCCAAACUUGGUCCUGAACACUGAUAUGCUGUCACUAGGCCUUCAGCCCAGUCCCACACUUCCAUUUUGCCUCCCCUUAUUUUGUGUGUCUCUGCUCCGUCCCCUUCUGGUUUUGUGGCUUUGUUCCAUCCCCUUUUUCUUUCCAUUCUUUGUUUCUCUGUCCUCUCCUACGAGCCUGCCUGUGCUGCUGCUCCUGCACUCCAUAGUAUUCCCCCCAUUUGUGUCAGCAGGAUCAGCUGCAACUUAAACUCUGAUGCUCUUGCUGGGCCAUUAGGAAUACAUUAAGUUCUUUCUCAUUUGUCCACCAAACAAACCUUCCAAAAGUGGUGUUAGUAAAUGAAUAGAAAUGUAGAAAGUUGUUGGGCCUGAUUCUCCAUUGUCCUGCACUUUAGGUCUUCAUUUACACCAGUGUAAACACUCAAAUCGAGCAAGUACUGUUUGCACUCACUCUGAGGUAAAGGUACAGGCCAGUUCUGACUAUUUGAAUUAAAAAUUUAGGUCUCACCUGACCUGUAUAAAUUGUUUCAUGCUAUUAUCUGAAUUAUCACAUUUUCUUUAUCUGAACGUGAGUUAAUGUAACACCUGUAAAGCUCAUGUGUUUCCUUUCUAAUGUCUGAGAUAGUGAGAUUAGCAUACAAUUUUACCUGCAUUUUGGAAUAUUCAGUUACAACACAGCAUCACAAACACCAAUCAGCAUGGUAUAUUUUGAUGGUUUAGGCUAUCUGUUUAUUGGGGGGGGGAGUUUUUUAAUAUUGAAUCUUUUAUGGUACAUGAAACAUUCUGAAAUGCUGAAAAUAGCUGAAUAGCAUUAGGCAAUUACUAAAAAGUGUUUUCUCCAUUGCCUUUAGUGUAUGUGUAUUUUUUUUGAAAUCUUGGGUUUUCAGUUGGAUCUUUCAGUUGCAAGCAACCUAUACUACUUUAUUCAGGUUCUUACACAACAUGCAUCACUGUAGUAUCUGAUUUAAGUUUCUCGGUCCCUUUUUUCGUUUUGUGUCAGUCCAGAGGAUUCAUGCCUUUUUAGCUGUUAUGCUUACAGAGCAUGAGGUGUACUUAAGCUUCCCAAUGAAGUUUCUUCCGUCUCAAUAUCACAUCCUUUCUGGUGUCUUACUUAUCCCCACUUGUUUUUUUUUGUUUGUUUGUUUUUUAAAGAGUACAAACCUUACAAAAUUACUCAUAGCUAUAGUCUGUGCAGGCUUGAGCCCUACAAUAGCAAGGUCUUGGUAGGACACAAGUAAAGCGUAUUAACUGAACUGUGUGGGGAAGUUAACUCAGACCUAUGUGUAUUUAUAUCUGCUUCAAGUCUGUAAUAAUCCCUCACUUUCAAACCUACUAACUUCGCAAACUGCAAAGCAAAGAUUGAAAAGGAGAGACAUGAUGGUAUGUUUGCUUUAAAAAGAGAAGUAUUAGAGGAGUAAUUCACCUGAAAAAUGAGCCAUGUAGGAAAAUUAUCGGUCAUAUUUAUAAUACAAGAAUUGUGAUAUGUAAAAGUAAGAGGAGGCAAAAAUAUUUACAGUUAGGAAACCAACUUGUGGGUGAUUUCAGUUUAAGUUCUUAAUACUGUUUGUUUUAAUCAACUUCCCUUAUGAUUAAAAAAUAAAUGUAGACCUGGCUGUUUCUACUGCACAUAAAUAUGAAAACUGUAUAGUAUAUAAAUACUGAAGAGAAUUGAAGUCAGGUAUGUGGUGGGUAAAAUAUCCAUGUACAGUAAUUAAACAUUAAGGAAAGACAAAUUAAAAUGUAUUGCUUCUGACAAUGUUUUUGAGGAGCUGAUUACUAAAAGUGAGAUGAAUCUUGGCAAAUAUUUGAAAAUAUGGCUCCGAGAUGUCUAUAGAAUGUGUCUGAUGAACAUUCCAAAUCAUACAGUAUUAAAAUGAGAAAAUGCAUUUAAUAACUAACUCAAGACUAAUAAUUCACCCUUAACCUGUGCAGAUGAUGACAGAGUAAACAAACCAGUUUUAGGUUAAGGAUGUUAUCAGCCUUAACUUAGUGUGUCCUACUAUUGUUGGUCUGUAUCACACUUUAAUGUUUUUAAGAUGUACUUUUGUGUUUACAUUUCUUGGUGUGUUUUUUUUAAACUGUCAUGGAAAGUUUUUUAUAAAAUGCUCAUUAUUUACUUGAUAGACUGAAGGAGCAGUUAACAAUCUACGGAUAAAUUUAUAUUUAGUAAUGUAGGAAGCUGUCGUGUUAUUACAAGUAUGUAUUAUAGAAACUUACUGCGCAUGUGCGGUAGUUAACUUUCAAAUAUUAAUAUAUCAGAUGUUUACACAUUUUUAAAAAAAACCCUCCUUUAUGUAUAGUAAGUAAUAGCCUGCAAAAUUUUGGUUUAAAAAGUUGUCUUUUUUGGUAAUAGAAACACAAAGACCUGUUGGAAGCUUGUACAUUUUUACUAUGUUAUGCUUCAGUCCACAGCAAAUUUCUGAAACUGCUAUGAAUCCCUGAAAAAUUAGAUUUCCAGUGGAAUUGCUGUCACAGCCUUAACUCUAGUAUGAAAAUGGUGCUUAAAUACAUAUAUAUGCAUGGAUGUGGGUACCUCAAAUCUGUUAAGAGUGUUUAAAUGAGAACGUCUAAGUUCAGGGUUUGGUGCUGAAAAUGCAAACAAACUAAUGCUCCUGUUAGAUAAGGACAGCCCUGUUUUGUGAAUUCAUCAUUAAAUAUUUUAACUUCCAGACCUAUUAGAACAAUUUCCGAGUCUCUCAUAAAUAAGAAGAUAGUGCAUACCUUCCCGGUUUCUGGGUGCAUUAAACAUUUGUGAAACUAAGGGCAAGGCAAGAGGAGAGCACUUGAAGCGUUAGAAAACGAAAGGGUCUGUUUGAAUGCAAGAUAAAUUGGUGUUUCUGUGCUAAAUGGUGUUACCAUUCAUAGAGGUUUUCUUUUGACGGACAAAUACCCAACUUAGUUUUUCAAAAUGCUUUCUCAGUAAGUGGCGUUCACCCAACAUACUCCUAUAUCUAAGGCUGAUUUUUUAAUUUUCCCUAGGAAUAUUAAUAUAGGUUAUUCAUUCUUUACAUAAGAAUCAUUACGCAGACUUCAUUUAGAAAUAUCAGUUUUUACAGUUGAGGGGCUUGGAACAAUGAAAUGGUGCUGUCUAGCCUCGCACAUUUCGGUGUUCUUGACAGUUUAAAAUACUCCACCAAAAAUGCACAAAACUGAUUUGAACUGAUAUGUCUAGUUUCUGUAUUGAUUUUUUCAAGGGGAUAUUUAUGCCCCUAUUUUCACAUCCACUAUCUCAGGUCCCUUUAAAUGAAUACUUCAGGGAUUUUUAAUGCCACUUGAUGGCAGACCAAAUGUAAUAUUUAUAUGCAACGAGCUGUUAGUUUUUGUAUUGUAAAAAUGUAAAUUUGUAAAGAUUUUUUUCUAGAGUUUUUUUGAAGUCACUUAUGUAAUUUAGGAUGUUUCAUUUUUCCAGCU